UAGCGAGACAGAGCAGGAGCCCCGCGAGCUCCCACUAUUUUAACCCGAGUCCGAGUUUAAGUUUAUCGAUAACGGAUUUACGUGUGUGAAUAAUCACGGUCUUGUGCACGAGCGAUGAAGUUCACAGCGACAAUCCUUGCGGCCGCGUGCCUGAUUGCUCUAGUCAGCUCUAUUCCAGUUCCCGAGAGCGAGGGACUUCAAUCUCAGGCACUGGAUCGCUUAGUCAUGGUCGAAGAUGACAACGACGCCGCCCUAAGAAGUAAAAGAACGAUCGGCAUACUCCGUCAGCUCUUCCCUGGCAUCUCCCAGGACGUAAAUCCCGAAGCCGAGAAUCAAGUCGCCCAAGACGGGGAUCAAGCGGGUUCGGAGAACAACGAAGUGCGAGUGCAGUUCGACGAUCAAGGAGCAUCGGCGAACGAAGCGGUGCAGUCGGAAUUAGCUCCCCUGGAGGAGAUAGAGGUGAGCGACGACGAGAACAGGAACAAGAGAUUCCUGAACUUCGGCUUCGGGGGAAAUAAUGGAGGAACUGGGGGCAGUGCUGGGGGAUCAGGAAACUUUUUGUUCGAUAUAAUAAGGCUUGUGGCCGGCAGUGGAUCAGCAACGCAAUCAUCACAAUCUGGCACUGCUGCGGAUCCAAAUGCUGGGAGACAAGACGCUAUUCAGGAGGCAGUACCUGGACCUGUUACUAGGCUCUUUGUCAUUGCUAAUCGGGGUCUUUCGAAUUUAAUUCAGGAUCUCAUUCUUCGUCUCGCAGCAACCAGUGAGCGUAUCGUAAACUUCAAGGCACGACUCAUCACUUCAAUCAUCUAAAACGGCAGGGAGACACUGAUGCGCCGAGGGAGAUGAUUGAUUGGAUCGUGGGUACGACGAAUUUGACGACGAAAAAAGUCGUCCCUUGUACCCGGGAUCCCAGCAAAGAGACGUUGAAAUCGAUGAAUCAAUCCGCCAGGCAUUUCAACGCUUUCCUCUUCUUUUUUACUCUACUAUCACUCGUUUCCACUUCACACUCGAUUCCCCUUCAUCACUUUAUACUUUUGUAAUUACUUCAUCAACUUUUUCUUCAUUUUUCCACUCUUCUCUCCCCUCUCCUCUCUCUGUUUCUAUUUCUGUUCUACAUCUUCUAUUCUAUUUCUUCAAUUUCUUCCAUGAAAAUUCUCCCUCUCUCACUCGAUUUCCUCAACAAACCAACCGAGCGUGAAUUAAACUCGGCCACGUCGAUCCUGCAGAGAUGCAUGACAACAAGCCGCUAUUUUAACGGAAAAUGUUGUAUUUUAUUUUUAUUAUUCGAUUGUCACUGUUGUUGGAGGAAAGAAAAAACAGAUGAGAACUUGUAAAUAUUAUUUCCCAAGGGUCUUUUUGGGUUACUGCGUCCACUGCCUCUAUUAUGUACUUAUUACAAAAAUUGUUUGACUCCUUUUUUGAAGGAAUUUUAUUUUGUGAUUAAAUCUAUAUUGCUUUUUAUUUUUUUUUCGAUCGGUAUUUUUUUUUAUUGUAUGGAAAUUAUGGAAGAAGCGUCCCCCGUGAAUGUGCGAGCAAUCUGUGUAUGUAAAUCCCCCAUUAUUUUGUAGUGUAAAUAAACAUGUUGAGUAAGAAGUUGA